CCGCUGCUGGACGAGACGCUGCAGGUGGAUUUCCAGCGGCGGAAGUUGACUGUGUCGUACGUGGCAAGCGUGGUGUCGGCCAAGUCCACCACGCUGCGGCGCAAGAAGCAACUUUUGCUGCACCUCUGCAAGACCGUCAAGGCGGAGGAGUGCACUUACAAGGUGAAGGAGUCGAGUGGCCAGGUUGUCCUGCGGCUUGUGAAGGAGAAGCCCGCGACGUGGCUGGAGUUGGUCAACAAGAACGCAGCUUCGGGCAGUGACAGCGACAAGGACUCCGAGGCGGCGGAAGGGAGCGGGCUCGUGCAGGAUGAUGACCUUGAGUGA